CUUCAUAUCUAUCCUUUGUUUUCUUCGACUGAAAAUGUUGACUUCUUCAGUCCUUCGCAUGCUCUCCUUUCUCGCAAUGGCAUGUAUGUCUUCUUCAGUCUCGUUGUCUUCGUCUCUGAAGGUUGGGUUCUAUGAACAGACCUGUCCUUCAGCAGAGGAAAUUGUGAGGAAUGUAGUAAACAAGGUGGUUACAAGGAAUCCUGGAUUAGGAGCCGGUCUUAUAAGAAUGCAUUUCCAUGAUUGUUUUGUGAGGGGUUGUGAUGCUUCAAUACUACUUGAUUCAACUCCAAUGAACCAAACAGAGAAGGACAACAUAAUAAACAAUCCAAGUUUACGGGGUUACGAGGUGAUUGAUGAGGCAAAGGCCGAGCUUGAAGCUCGAUGCCCACAAACAGUUUCCUGUGCAGACAUCCUAGCCUUUGCAGCCCGAGACAGUGCCUUCGAAUUAGGAGGAAUCAACUAUACAGUACAAUCAGGACGACGAGACGGGCGAGUCUCACUUAAAGAAGACCCAGAUCAGAACCUACCCUCACCCUUUAGUAACUUGCAGAUACUCCAACAGAGCUUUGAAAGAAAAGGUCUUUCCUUAGAGGAAAUGGUCACACUUUCAGGAGCACAUUCUAUUGGAGUCUCACAUUGUUCUAUUCUCACCCUAACACUUGAUCCGAGUCUCACAUUGGACCCUGAGUUUGCUAGAAUGUUGAAAUCCAAGUGCCUUAAUGAUUCUCCUACAAAUGCUACUGUUUUUGAAGAUUUUGUCACGCCUGAUAAGUUAGACAACAAGUAUUACCAAAAUGUUAUAAACAAGAGAGGAUUGUUUAUCUCGGAUCGAAGUCUUAUGAACAGCUCUGAAACUGCAAGUAUGGUGAAGAGAUUUGGUUGUCAAGGUGAAGUUUGGGCUGAAAAGUUUGCUGAGGCUAUGGUUCAUAUGGGUUCGAUUGACGUGCUCACUGAUAGUCAGGGUGAGAUUAGGAAAGACUGUAGGGUGGUUAAUUAGUAAUGUUUAGCUUUGGCUUUUGAUUGAUGAGCUAUUCUAAAGCUCUGUAGGAAAACUAAUUACGCGGAAAUGUAGUUUAUUAAUCCAUAAAUGAAUCUUGGAAGCAUGGAGUAAUUUACAUCAUA